AUGGGUUCAGGAGAGCCGAAAGGUAUUCUUGCAGGCCGCAAGCUGAAAGUCCGUCGUAUCAAGCAAAGAUGGGCCGAUAAGAGCUAUAAAAAAUCUCACUUUAACUCAAAAUAUAAGAAGCCAUUCGCAGGUACUUCUCACGCUAAAGGAAUUGUGGUAGAGAAGCUUGGUAUUGAAUCCAAACAGCCAAACUCUGCCGUUAGAAAGUGCGUGAGAGUUCUCCUAAAGAAGAACGGAAAAAAGAUCGCUGCUUUUGUUCCUAAUGAUGGUUGUCUUAACUUUAUUGAUGAAAACGAUGAAGUUCUCGUGGCAGGAUUCGGUAGAAGUGGACAUGCAGUCGGUGAUAUUCCUGGUGUAAGAUUCAAGGUUGUCAAAGUCAAAGGAGUCUCUUUAUUGGCUUUAUACUUACACAAGAAGGAAAAGCCUCGGUAA